AUGCAUGCAGAGAACGUUGCUAGCCAAGCCCUUGUCAUAGAAGAAGUGCUCUCAAUGGCAGAUGUGGCCACUGGUGUGAAGUGUGGAGUAACUUAUUGGUUAUUUGGCAGUGCAGUCAGGAAUCUUGGAAGCUCUGACCAUGUCACUAAGUGGCUGCAGCCACUGAAGGUAUGCUCUCCCUUUCUCAUCAAAAUUCUUAAUGGUCUGAGAGGAGCAGAACUAACUGGGAUGUUUGCAAUGACUGAGAGAGGCCACAGGAGCAAUGUGAAAGUGAUCCAGACACAAGCCGCCUUUGACCUUACUACUCAGGAGUUUGUAAUUGACACUCCAUGUGAAAAUGCCCAGAAGAUGUACAUUGGAAACGCCAUGAGUGGAAAUUACACAGCUAUUUUUGCCCAGCUCGUCAUAAAUGGAAGAUCACAAGGGCCCCACUGUUUCAUCAUUCCUGUCCAGGAUGGAAAUGGAAGCUUGUACCCAGGAGUGACAGCUAUUGAUAUGAUGCACAAAGAAGGUCUGCACGGUGUGGAUAAUGGAAUUUUAAUAUUUGACAAGGUUCGGAUACCAAGGGUGAACCUGCUGGACAAAUUGGGCUCUGUGGCUCCAGAUGGACAGUACCAUUCACCAAUUAAGGACAAGAGUGCAAGGCUCAAUGCGAUGAUGGUAGCACUGACCCCUUCAAGAUUAGCAGUGACUUUCCAAGCCAUUGGUGCCAUGAAGCUUGGGUUGACGAUAGCCAUUCGCUAUAGCCACAGGUUAACACAGAAGCUGCAGCUGAUGCCUCACCUGGCCACAGCACUGGCCCUGAUCUUCACCAGCAGGUAUGCUGGGCCCCUCCUGGACCAGCAGAUCUUCCAGGGCAAAGAGCUUGUCAAUAGCUACUUGCUUCAGGCCCUGGUGGUGGGGCUGAAGGCUUAUAGCACAUGGGAGAACAUCAGCUGCCUGCACAACUGCCGGGAGUGCUCUGGAGGCAUGGUUGUAGCUCGGGAACUGCUGGCUCAAUACACCAAGCACCAGGAAGAAAAACCCCUCUUUGACCUGCUCCAGAACUGGGCUGCAUCUGUGGGUGACAAGCUGAGAACCAGUUUCUUGGCAUUGAACAUGGAUACAGUCAGUGACCUUACCUUUCUGUUGAAAGCAGUGAAUUUUCCUGAAAGAGUUCUUCAGGGGGGCUUAGUGGACAGAAUUUAUCAUAAGGUGGUGACUAAGAAAGAGGAUUUCUUCAAUGCCUGGAAGUCAUGUCUGCACCACAUCAUCCUGUCCCUGGCCCACACUCCCAGAGUUUCUUUGGAGCAGUUUUCACUGGCAGUGAGGAGCUGUCCAGACCCGGAGGACCAGGCUUUGUUAAUGAAGUUUUGUCUGUUGUAUGGAACCAAGCUGGUGUUCCAGGAGCGGGCCUGGUUUUUAGAGCAUAAAUAUCUGACUCCCGUGGCCAGCAUGAGGAUCAGGAGUCAGUUGCUGGAUUUGUGUGACUCGGUGAAGGAUGAUGCCCUGAGGGUGAUCUCCGCCUUUAACAUCCACGCACCAAUCGCCGGAAUUCCCAACGCGCGGGCCACCUGGGCCUUCCACCUGAACCGAGACAGCGGCUGGCCGGGGAAGUGGCUCGCUCGCUCUCCGCGGCCCAAGCCGCAAGCUAAACUGUGACUGGAGUGGAGGGAACUGCGGUGGCUGGUCGGGAACUGCGGUGGCUGGUCGGCAGCUGCUCCACAGGGGCCUAGAAAUUGGGCAGAGGCCAGGAUGGCACGUGCGGUGUCGCAGCCCACUGGGAUUCUGGUCACCGAGCAGCAGUCUGGGACAGGCUGGCGAGACGCGGGGAAUGCGGCUGGGAGAGACCCAGACUGCCACCUAGACAGUGCAGUGCUUCACUCUCUCCAAAAACCCUGCCUGGCCCGGCCGCGACCUCGCCCAGCCUGGGCACCUGAUCCCCCCACCCCCACCCCCGCAGACAAUCAGGGUAGGCCCUCCCUAACCCUCGCCGUGCGAGCGCGCCCCACAGCCGGGUGUCGCUAAAAGUCUCUGUCAGCGGUGACUCAGAUUCCCAGUGAUUUAGAAAACCUCUGGUGCUGGGUGGGGAAAAAAAUCAAAACAUAAAAAUCAAACACCCUCAGGCAAAAAAUAGAGAGGAAAAAAAGAAUAAAAAACCGUCCGAGCACGGGCGGGCAAAGGUUCAAUUCAGGCAAUGUUUUUCUCCCAGGGAAUCAGAUCUUCUUGGGCUCUGCGAGGGAACGCACCCGCGGAAGGGAGCGGGAGCCUGGAUUUGAGUUCCGUGCGAAGGGCGAACUCUGGCUGGUCCUCUCGGGUAGGCGGCUUCCGGAGCGCAAGACAACGCGCGAAAAA